UAUAUAUUAUAAUGGAUGAUGAUAUUCCUGAUUUGGAAGAUUUUAGUGAAUAACUAUCGAAGAAAAAAGAAGCUUCAAUUGACAUUGGAGAUUAUACAAAACCUAUUGAACAAAAACCUGUCUAAAUUUAACAGACUAAAUAAUAAGAUAAUGUUUUUACAGGUUUAAAGAAAGGGUUUUUGAAUGAUCAAAAUAAUGAUCAAGAUAUUAUUAAACCUAAAGAAAAAAAAAAUCCUUUAGAAAUUGAUGAAGUUUAAGCAAAUAUGAAAUAAAACAAUCAAUCUUAAUUUGGAUAAUUCUUGACAUAAAAUAAAGAAGAAUGGCUAAAUUAAGAUUUAUUAUAAAAAGUAAAUGAUAUUUAAAAUUAUGAUAGAUUACAAACAAUCCAAAAUUAUAAAAAUUAUUCACUAAUCCAGAAUAUUUAUCUGCAGUCUAAUAAAUGUAAAGCAAUCCAACAGGUAUAAUGUAGAGAUAUAAAAAUAACCCUGAAUUUGUAGAAUUGAUGUCAGAAUAUAUGAAAACAAUGGGUGAACACUUUUAAUAAUUAAAUCCUUAAAAAAAAGAUUAGUCAUAAUAAUAAUAAUAAUAAUAAUCUAAAGUUAUUCCUGUAAAUUAACCUCCUUAAAAGAAACAACCAUAAUCAUAAGAAGAGAAAAUUCAAGAUAUCAUAGAAAAUGAUAAGGAAGUAAAAGCUGUUUUACUGGAUCCAAGAGUUCAAGCAUUUAUUGAAUUUUUAUAAAGAACAGGAAAAGUUGAUUUUUAAGAAUUUGCUUAUAAGGAUCCACAAUUAAUGUAGAAAUUACAAAUUCUUAUCCAAAAAGGUGUUUUGAAUGUAUAACGAAUGUGA